AUGAUCAGUUUGUCAAAGCAAGAAUGAACGAGGAGCACAAAGAGAAAAAGUGCAAACUCCAGCAAGCGAAAGAAGAGUACAGAAAACUGCUAGAGGAAUCAAAAAUCACAUCCAGGUCGACGUUCAAAGAAUUUUCAGAAAAGUACGGAAAAGAUCCACGAUUCAAAGAGGUUCUGAAGAGGAAAGACCAGGAGUUAUUUUUCACCCAGUUCAUCAGCACGUUAAAGAAGCGGGACAAGGAGAACAGAGUUCGUCUGAGGAAGAUGAGAUGAGUGUUUGCAGACAGGGCCGCAAACUAUUCACAGUGCUGUCAACUGAUUUCCUGUGACUGUUUAUCACAGUGUAUACAGUGAUACCAUCUGCCCAUAUGUCUGACCAAACCACAAGGGCAGUUUGCUUUUCAAUGACUGACUUGCAAACAAACCGAACAAAGGCAGAACCAGCUGAGUCUAAGCAGCAGUUUGGAAAGAACUCUGUAUUUCUGAAUCUGUUUCAUACUGAAGCUCUUAAUCUCCGGUUUGAGUAUUACGAGGUUCCUAAAUCGCAACGCUGAAAACGAAUACAGAGUUUGACUCGCUGGAAGUAUCUAAAGCCAUUGACCUGUGCACACAGGCGGAAAAUGAUUUUUUAUAUUAAUUGUACAUAAGUGUUGACUUACCUGGCACUGUGCUAAAAGUGACCGUAGAAGUGAAACCUUUUUGUUAGACUGUGACAUAUUCUCCACA